GUGGUCCUCACCCCCGGAGUCUCAACUCCCACAGAAGUCGAAUACCCUCUCCCGCUUCGCUCAAAACUCCGCGCGCAGCCGCUAACGAACAUGCCAGCGAGCAGCCUGCAGGUCGCUCCGCCGACAAACGUCGUAGAGGCAUCCAAACAGCUAGCAGCCUGGACUGCGGUGGAUAAGCACGUCACAAAGGAUUGUCAGGUCAUCGGAAUCGGCUCAGGCUCAACGGUACCGUACGUCGUCGAACGCAUCGUCGCCCAGGGACCCGAGAUCAACAAGGACCGUGUCUUUAUACCUACCGGCUUCCAGUCCAAAGAGCUCAUCGUCGACGCCCACCUCCGCCUCGGAGACGUCGAUCAGUACCCGCACAUUGAUGUCACAAUUGACGGCGCGGACGAGGUGGAUAAGGACCUUAAUUGCAUAAAGGGUGGAGGAGCAUGUCAUCUGAGGGAGAAGGUGCUCGCUGAGGCCGCAGAUACAUGGAUCAUCGUCGCGGACUAUCGCAAAAACUCGGAGGUUCUAGGUGUUAACUGGAAGAAAGGUGUCCCAGUAGAAGUCGCCCCCUUCGCCUACGCCAAGGUGCUGCACAACUUGCGGACGCUCGGCUCGACUGACCCCAAGCUCCGCAUGGCCGUGAUGAAGGCCGGCCCCAUCGUCAGCGACAACGGCAACUUCAUCAUCGAUGCGCCCUUCGGCGAAGCCGAAAUGCGAGACCCCAUGACUCUGCUCACCAGAAUCAAGAUGCUGACCGGCGUCGUCGAGGUCGGGCUGUUCUGCCACAUGGCCAAGGCCGUGUACUUCGGCAACCAGGACGGCUCUGUGACAGCCAAGUUUUACGACGGACACGCCGAGCACUACGACAAGCCCGCGUCAGCAUCCGAUGCGCCAGCAGGUACAGGUGUCUAAACAUCCCCUGGGCUCGGCGCGCAGCAAUGGGCCGUGCUACGAGGUAGCGUGUAAGAAGGGGCCAAGCUCACUAGGCUGCCGUGCCACAACUCGCGCAUGAAUCGCGUUCCGCUGAAGACACAAGUAGCGUGUGGAAUCUAAGUUGUAUGGAAAGAGAAGAACAAAAUCAGCGUGUAUUCAAAACUCUGAGAUGUAGCUUUCGCCUGUUGUAAUGCUUGGAUUUAGACGUUGUGACCAAAUAUAUACUUUGUAUUCUUUCUCUACCUAGGAAUA